CUCUGUCGCUAGAACAUGUGCUCUUGGUUGUCGAAGAAACAAAACAGCGUAAAUUGGUUGGAAUUUCUUCAAUAAAUCACCUGCAAUCAUGGCGGAUCAUGCGUUUCAUCGGCCCGGGCCGCUGAAGCAAACGAACAAGGCCCACAAAACGGGCCGUCAUCGCUCCAAGGGAGCCAUCGACAAUGCCCAGAAGGGAAAGAUUGGUCUCAAGGCCAUCUCCCACAAGCACAAGCAGCAGCAGCGCAAGGAGCAGCGUCGCAACCAGAUGAACCAGCUGCGGAAGAACAAAAGGGAGGAGGUGCUGGAGCAGAAGAGGAAACUGGGUGGUCAGAACACCGCUCCCUUCCUCGUCUGCCUGCUGCCCAUGCACGAGCAGAUCGACCCCAAGUCCGCGCUGGCCAUCCUCCAGAGCUGCGACAGCGAACUAGUGGUGGAGAACUCGCCCAGUGGCAUUGUUUACAUGAAUCUCCCGCGAUUCAAGCAGCGCUUCGCCUUUGUCACCCCGCCUGUGGGUCGUGGAAAUGAGCUGAUCGCCCUGGAUUACCUCAAGGUGUGCGAUACCACCCUGCUCCUGACCUCCGCCGCAUUUGGAGAUGACGAGAUCUUCGAUCGCUGGGGCCAGAGGAUCUUUAACAUGAUGUCCGCCCAGGGAAUACCCACUCCCGUGGUGGCCCUCAUGGAUCUGGAGUCGAUCAAUCCCAAGCGACGACCCGCUGCCAAGCAGGCUGCCCAGAAGAUCAUCUCCAAGCUGCUGCCCGAGGAGAAGAUCAUGCAAUUGGACACUGCCAGCGAGGGCUUGAAUGUGAUGCGGCGCAUUGGCGGCCAGAAGAAGCGCAUUCUGCACAACGUGGCCAAUCGUCCGCAUCUCUUCGGCGAUGUGGUGGAGUUCAAACCAAGUUCCGAUCCCAGUGACGACAUGGGCACCUUAGAAGUCACUGGCUUCCUUCGUGGUCAAUCUCUCAAUGUUAAUGGCUUGGUGCACAUUCCCGGCCUGGGUGACUUCCAGUUGAGUCAGGUGGUGGCUCCGCCAGAUCCGUACAAACUGGACAAGUCGCGUGAUGGCGAGAAUGCCGAGGUGCGUCUUCUGGACCGCAGUGAUCCCGCGAAGCGCACUUCCCUGCAAAGCGAGAACAUACCCGAUCCCAUGGACGCGGAGCAGACGUGGCCCACCGAGGAGGAGAUCGCCGCCGCGCAGCAGGAGACCAAAAAGAUGAAGCUGGUGAAGCGUGUGCCCAAGGGCUACAGCGAGUACCAGGCCGCCUGGAUACCCGAUGUCGAGGAAGUGGAAGACCCGGACAGCAAGGAAGACGAAGACAUGAGCGACGAUGAUGAUGAUGACGAUGAGGAGGAUGAUGAGGACUUCAUGUCGUGCGACAACAAAUCCUUCGAGGAUGAGUACGAGAAGCGAGACUCGGACACAGAGGAGUUUCAGGACAGUGUUUCCGUGACUUCGGAAGCUGCCGUCAACGACGAGAAGUACGAUCAGCAGAUGGACUUCCAGGAGGAGCGGGAGACCCUUAAGAAGCUGCAGCAGGCUCGCACGGAUCAGCUCUGGCCUGAUGAGAUUGACACUCCCUUGGAUGUGCCUGCCCACGAGAGGUUCCAGAAGUAUCGUGGCUUGGAGUCCUUCAGGACUUCGCCCUGGGAUGCGAAGGAGAAUCUGCCCGCUGACUAUGCGCGCAUCUAUCAGUUCCAGAACUUUGACCGCACCAAGCGGAGGAUUCUGAACGAAGCCAAGGAGUUUGAGGGUGUACUGCCUGGCCUUUACAUCACUCUCCAUGUGAUCAAUGUGCCCGAAAGCCGUUGGAACGCCUUCAAGUCCGGCCAGCUCACGGACAACAUUAUUGUCUACGGAAUGCUGCCCCAUGAGCACCAAAUGUGCAUCAUGAACGUCGUCCUGCAGCGGAUGCCCGACUCAGAGGUGCCGCUCAAGUCCAAGGAGCAGCUGAUUAUCCAGUGCGGCUACCGCCGCUUUGUGGUGAAUCCAAUUUACAGCCAGCACACUAAUGGAGACAAGCACAAGUUUGAACGCUACUUCCGUCCGUACGAGACCGUCUGCGCCACGUUCUACGCCCCCAUCCAGUUCCCGCCGGCAGCCGUGCUGGCCUUCAAGGUGAAUCCCGACUCUACACUGGCGCUGGUGGCCCGUGGCCGCCUGCUUUCCUGCAAUCCGGAUCGCAUUGUGCUGAAGCGCGUUGUCCUCAGCGGUCACCCCAUGCGGAUUAACCGCAAGUCGGCCACAAUCCGAUACAUGUUCUUCUACAAGGAGGAUGUAGAGUACUUCAAGCCGGUGAAACUAAGGACCAAGUGCGGUCGGCUGGGACACAUCAAGGAGUCGCUGGGCACGCACGGCCACAUGAAGUGCUACUUUGAUGGCCAGCUGCGGUCCUAUGACACUGCUUUCAUGUACCUGUACAAGCGCGUUUUCCCCAAGUGGACGUACGAGGAGUGUCUGGUGCGAACGGCAGAGCACGAGCGACAACACGCGUCGGCGAACAGAAGGGCCUCGCAGCAGGUAGCCAUGGAAGAGUAGGGUUUCAUGUAAAUAGGUGGAUCGCAAUCCCUUUGAAAAUAUUUUAUAUUCUUGAUGACCCAUCCGAAAAGUACAUCACGUAUGUACAAAAAACCGGCAUCCAUCGUUAUUUAUAUAUGACUGCGUUGUAUAAUAGGAAUAAUAGAAUUAUAUUCACAAACAAUUGUCUUAACUUAAAGGUAGAGGCAAUACAAUAUACAUACAUAAAACAUGGA